GAGGGGGGGCGGUGUUUGUGUUGGAAAAUCCAACUGCGCCACGGGGCGGAGCGGCCCCCCCAGCCCCGGCCUGGGAGAGGGGGGGGCCGCUCGACCCCCUGGGACCUUGGGGAGCCUGAACACCUGGGACACCCCAGAAUCAGGUUCCCCCAGGCACCAUGCCAGCCCCAUAGUACCACCCACCCCACCCACUGUGGUCUGCUGCACCCCAUUGCUGGGGCACUGGUUCCAAUGAGACAGGGCACACCAAACUCCAUCUGGCUGUUACUGAGGCGGAGACACGGGUGAUGAUUGGCUUUCUGGGGAGAGAGGAAGUCCUGUGAUUGGCCGGAUCUCUGGAGCUCGCCGACGCGGUGAGAGGACGCUCCCACGGAGGCUGGAAUUGGGUGUGAAAAGCCCUGGGCUGCCAUCUGGGGACAGUGGGCACUCCUGUCAGAGCGGCUGGAGCGGGACCAUCACCCCAGAGAGCUGGGGCAGGGGGCCGUGCCCGAUCUCCAGGGCUCCUGGGGCCACUGCUGACCUGGCUGAAUGCAUCGGGCAGUGGACCCUCCAGGGGCCCGCGCUGCACGGGAAGCCUUUGCCCUUGGGGGCUUGAGCUGUGCUGGGGCCUGGAGCUCCUGCCCGCCCCAUCCCCCUCCUCGUAGCGCAUGGCUGCCUGGAGGCAGGUGCUCUGCCAGCAUCGGGCAGCCCCCACUCUCUGCUCCCCUACCCCCUUCACACGGCAGUAGCUCUGGGCACCCCAACAAACCAUAUUAUGCUCCAGGGACACCCACCCCAAGACCCCUCCAUGGGAAGCUGGAAUCCCUACAUGGCUGUGUGCAGGCAUUGCUUCGGGAGCCAGCCCAGCCGGGGCUGUGGGAACAGCUUGGGCAGCUGUACGAGUCAGAGCACGACAGUGAAGAGGCCAUACGCUGCUACCACAGCGCCCUUCGAUACGGAGGAAGCUUGGCUGAGCUGGGGCCCCGCAUCGGCAGACUACAGCAGGCCCAGCUCUGGAACUUUCAUGCCGGCUCCUGCCAGCACCGAGCCAAGGUCCUGCCCCCGCUGGAGCAAGUGUGGAACUUGCUACACCUUGAGCACAAGCGGAAUUAUGGGGCCAAGCGGGGGGGUCCUCCAGUGAAACGAGCUGCGGAACCCCCAGUUGUGCAGCCUGUGCCUCCUGCAGCACUCUCAGGCCCCUCGGGGGAGGAGGGCCUCAGCCCUGGAGGCAAGCGCAGGAGAGGUUGCAACUCUGAGCAGACUGGCCUUCCACCCCCACCACCACCCCCACCCCUGCCUGGCCUAGCCACCAGCCCUCCAUUUCAGCUGACCAAGCCAGGGCUGUGGAGUACGCUACAUGGAGAUGCCUGGGGCCCUGAGCGCAAGGGUUCAGCACCCCCAGAGCGCCAGGAGCAGCGGCACUCGCUGCCUCACCCUUAUCCAUACCCAGCUCCGGCCUAUGGCACGCACCCCCCUGGCCACCGGCUGGUCCCAACUGCACCCCUAGGCCCAGGCCCCCGCCCCCCAGGAGCAGAGAGCCAUGGCUGCCCGCCUGCCACCCGUCCCCCCGGAAGUGACCUUAGAGAGAGCAGAGUUCAGAGGUCGCGGAUGGACUCCAGCGUUUCACCAGCAGCAACCACCGCCUGCGUGCCUUACGCCCCUUCCCGGCCCCCUGGCCUCCCCAGCACCACCACCAGCAGCAGUAGCAGCAGCAGCAACACUGGUCUCCGGGGCGUGGAGCCGAGCCCAGGCAUUCCCAGCGCUGACCAUUACCAAACUCCCGCGCUGGAGGUCUCCUCUCACCAAGGCCGCCUGGGGCCCUCGGCACACAGCAGUCGGAAACCGUUCCUGGCAGGUCCCACUGCCACUCCCCACCUGUCCCUGCCACCUGGCCCCCCCUCACCUCCUCCACCCCCCUGUCCCCGUCUCCUACGCCCCCCACCCCCCCCUGCCUGGUUGAAGGGCCCGGCCUGCCGGGUAGCCCGUGAGGAUGGAGAGAUCUUAGAGGAGCUCUUCUUCGGGGCUGAGGGACGCCCCCGCCCUCCACCACCACCCCUCCCCCACCGCGAGGGCUUCUUGGGGCCUCCGGCCCCCCGCUUUUCUGUGGGCACUCAGGAUUCGCACACCCCUCCUACUCCCCCAACCACCAGCAGCAGCAGCAACAAUGGCAGCCACAGCAGCAGCCCUACUGGGCCUGUGUCCUUUCCCCCACCUCCCUAUCUAGCCAGAAGUAUGGACCCCCUUCCCCGGCCCCCCAGCCCAACACUGAGCCCCCAGGACCCACCUCUUGCACCCCUGACUCUUAGCCUGCCUCCAGCCCCUCCCUCCUCCUGCCACCAAAAUACCUCAGGAAGCUUCAGGCGCCCGGAGAGCCCUCGGCCCAGGGUCUCCUUCCCAAAGACCCCCGAGGUGGGGCCGGGGCCAUCCCCAGGCCCCCUGAAUAAAGCCCCCCAGCCCGUGCCGCCCAGGGUUGGGGAGCUGCCUGCCCGAGGCCCGCGACUCUUUGAUUUUCCCCCUACCCCACUGGAGGAUCAGUUUGAGGAGCCAGCUGAAUUCAAGAUCCUACCUGAUGGACUUGCCAACAUCAUGAAGAUGCUGGACGAAUCCAUUCGAAAGGAGGAGGAGCAGCAACAGGAGGCAGGCGUGGUCCCCCCGGCCCCCCUGAAGGAGCCCUUUGCAUCUCUACAGCCUCCAUUCCCCACUGACACAGCUCCAACCACCACUGCUGCCACCAUCACCACCACCACGGCCACCCAGGAAGAGGAGAAGCCACCACCAGCCCUACCACCACCGCCGCCUCUAGCCAAGUUCCCUCCGCCACCCCAGCCACAGCCGCCGCCACCCCCACUACCCCCACCAGCCAGCCCGGCCAGCCUGCUCAAAUCCUUGGCCUCUGUGCUGGAGGGACAAAAGUACUGCUACCGGGGGACUGGAGCAGCUGCUUCUACCCGGCCUGGGCCCUUGCCUGCCACUCAGUAUUCCCCUGGUCCCCCAUCAGGUGCUACCGCCCCGCCGCCCACCUCAGCGGCCCCUAGCGCCCAGGGCUCCUCACAGCCCUCCGCUUCCUCGUCAUCUCAGUUCUCUACCUCAGGUGGGCCUUGGGCCCGGGAGCGCAGGGCGGGCGAAGAGCCAGUCCCGGGCCCCAUGACCCCCGCCCCGCCGCCCCCACCCCUGCCUCUGCCCCCUGCUCGCUCUGAGUCUGAGGUGCUAGAAGAGAUCAGUCGGGCUUGUGAGACCCUUGUGGAGCGGGUAGGCAGGAGUGCCACAGACCCAGCGGACCCAGUGGACACGGCAGACCCAGUGGACAGUGGGACUGAGCGACUGCCGCCCCCCACCCAGGCCAAGGAGGCGAGUAGUGGGGUGGUGGCAGCAGCAGGACCAGGCAGCAGCAAGCGGCGGCAGAAGGAGCACCAGAAGGAGCACCGGCGGCACAGGCGGGCCUGUAAGGACAGUGUGGGUCGGCGGCCCCGUGAGGGCAGGGCAAAGGCCAAGGCCAAGGCCCCCAAAGAAAAGAGCCGCCGGGUGCUGGGGAACCUGGACCUGCAGAGUGAGGAGAUCCAGGGUCGUGAGAAGGCGCGGCCUGAUCUUGGCGGGGCUGCCAAGGCCAAGCCACCCACAGCUCCAGCUCCUCCACUAGCUCCUGCACCCUCUGUCCAGCCCACACCCCCAUCAGCCUCUAUGCCUGGGAAGAAGGCUCGGGAGGAAACUCCAGGGCCACCCGGUGUCAGCCGGGCUGACAUGCUGAAGCUGCGCUCACUUAGUGAAGGACCCCCCAAGGAGCUGAAGAUCCGGCUUAUCAAGGUAGAGAGUGGUGACAAGGAGACCUUUAUCGCCUCUGAAGUGGAAGAGCGGAGGCUGCGCAUGGCAGACCUCACCAUCAGCCACUGCGCUGCCGAUGUUGUUCGUGCCAGCAAGAAUGCCAAGGUGAAAGGAAAGUUCCGAGAGUCCUACCUUUCCCCCACCCAGUCUGUGAAACCGAAGAUCAACACUGAGGAGAAGCUGCCCCGGGAAAAACUCAACCCACCCACACCCAGCAUCUAUCUGGAGAGCAAACGAGAUGCUUUCUCGCCGGUGCUGCUGCAGUUCUGUACAGACCCUCGAAAUCCCAUCACCGUGAUCCGGGGUCUGGCGGGCUCCCUGCGGCUCAACUUGGGCCUGUUUUCCACCAAGACGCUGGUGGAGGCAAGUGGCGAGCAUACGGUGGAGGUACGCACCCAGGUGCAGCAGCCCUCAGAUGAAAACUGGGAUCUGACGGGUACGCGACAGAUCUGGCCCUGUGAGAGCUCCCGCUCCCACACCACCAUUGCCAAGUACGCACAGUACCAGGCCUCAUCCUUCCAAGAGUCCCUGCAGGAGGAGAAGGAGAGUGAGGAUGAGGAGUCCGAGGAGCCGGACAGCACCACAGGAACCCCUCCUAGCAGCGGCGGCGCACCAGACCCGAAGAACCAUCACAUCAUCAAGUUUGGCACCAACAUCGACCUCUCUGACGCCAAGCGGUGGAAGCCCCAACUGCAGGAGCUGCUGAAGCUGCCCGCCUUCAUGCGGGUAACAUCCACCGGCAACAUGCUGAGCCACGUGGGCCACACCAUCCUGGGCAUGAACACGGUGCAGCUGUACAUGAAGGUCCCGGGCAGCCGAACGCCAGGCCACCAGGAGAACAAUAACUUUUGCUCUGUCAACAUCAACAUCGGCCCAGGUGACUGCGAGUGGUUCGCGGUGCACGAGCACUACUGGGAGACCAUCAGCGCCUUCUGCGACCGGCAUGGCGUGGACUACCUGACGGGUUCCUGGUGGCCAAUCCUGGAUGACCUCUAUGCCUCCAAUAUCCCUGUGUACCGCUUCGUGCAGCGCCCCGGAGACCUCGUGUGGAUUAAUGCGGGGACCGUGCACUGGGUGCAGGCCACCGGCUGGUGUAACAACAUUGCCUGGAACGUGGGGCCCCUCACCGCCUAUCAGUACCAGCUGGCCCUGGAACGAUACGAGUGGAACGAGGUGAAGAACGUCAAAUCCAUUGUGCCCAUGAUUCACGUGUCCUGGAACGUGGCUCGCACAGUCAAAAUCAGCGACCCCGACUUGUUCAAGAUGAUCAAGUUCUGCCUCCUGCAGUCCAUGAAGCACUGCCAGGUGCAGCGGGAGAGCCUGGUGCGAGCGGGGAAGAAGAUCGCCUACCAGGGGCGGGUCAAGGACGAGCCCGCCUACUACUGCAACGAGUGCGACGUGGAGGUGUUCAACAUCCUGUUCGUGACGAGUGAGAACGGCAGCCGCAACACGUACUUGGUGCACUGCGAAGCCUGUGCGCGGCGCCGCAGCGCGGGCCUCCAGGGCGUGGUGGUGCUGGAGCAGUACCGCACUGAGGAGCUGGCGCAGGCCUACGACGCCUUCACGCUGGCCCCCGCCAGCACGUCGCGAUGAGGCCGGACGCCCCGCCCGCCUGCGCGCUCGCAGUGCGCCGCGGGGCCACCAGCACACGCCUGGGCUGGACCUAGGUCCCGCCUCUGGCCGGGAAGGGGGUCGGGCCCAGCCCUUCCACCCCAUUGGCAGCUUCCCUCACUUAAUUUAUUAAGAAAAAAACAUUUUUUUUUAAAUAUGAGGAAAAAA